CAGCGGAGAAAGGUAACGCGCAAUCGAAUUGGCAACGAUUGGCGGAGAAGUUGGCAAAACAGGAAAUGGAUACGCUGCUCCCAGAAAGCGGAGUAAGACGACGCAGAAGCGCGGGGUCCAAUGACACGAAAGAAACCCUCGACGAAAACGAAACGCUCGUCAGCAACGAAGUUGUCGACGUCGAACCGGUAGACAACAACGAGUAUCCUCUCAAUCCGAUCGGAAAAACAUUCCCAGCCACGACGCACACAGCAUUCUCGUUUUUCGCGGAGCAGAACAUGAGACGCAUCAAGUCCAAUAGAAGGCGAGCGCGGAAUCAGCGAAAAAAGGAUAAGAGUAAAAAUAUGAUGCUGGAUGCGGAAGAGAAGUCCCGUGCUCGGAAGAAGAAACUGAACAAGCCACGCCCUAAGCAUCUCGAUAUCGGAACACCGACGGAAGCUACUAAUGUAUGUGAUAGGCACUCUAUGAAUGUCGACUUCCAGGCGAUUGGCUGGGAUGAUUACGUCAUUGCUCCAGCGACGUUCCAGGCAUUCUACUGUGCUGGGCAGUGCGCCUACCCAAUCCAAAAGGAACUUCAUCCAUCUAAUCACGCCCUCAUUCAGAGUAUUAUGCACUUGCUUGGUGUCCAAACGGGGGUGCCUACCCCAUGUUGCGUCCCGGACAAGAUGGAGCCAUUAGUCCUUCUCUACAUCGAACAGGACUCUACCGUCACACUCAAGAAAUACAGUGACAUGGUCGUCGAAUCAUGUGGAUGUCACUGAGCCUCAACCGCUCCUUAAAACGGCAACGCAAAAACUCUUUAAAAUCGAUGAACUGUGAAAAUCGUUUUUUUUUUUAAUAAUUAAAAAGAAUUGUUUGCAAAUAAUUUAACAAUGACAUAAUGAGUUUAAUAUAUUCGUUGGCACUAUUAAAAAAUGAGGAUAUUAACGACGUUUGGAGAGGAAAUUCAAAUUAACCACCAACAACGAUGACAACCUGUCAACUAAGCUGAGAUUCUCGUCAAGAGUUCAUAGAUCACGCAAUGUCGAAUGGAAGAGCGACCUCUAUCAUCUCUGAGCGUUGAUAGAAUGUUAAUUAUGACUGAAUAAUUCGCAGAGUGAGUAGAAUGGGUGUUUUAUAGUUAAUUGCAACUCAAAUUAGGUACGAAAAAGCAAGAAGUCAUAUAAGUUCUUACUUUUUUCUUCCUAUGAUUCUUUGUAUGAUUUACAUGCUCCACGCGUAUUGCUAUAAUUCAAACAAAAUGUUUUGUUCCUCACUAAAUGUUAGAAAUGAGGAACAGAUAAUUACUUUUCAGGUAUACCACAAAAAAAUGUUAGUUGAUUGAUUAAAGAUAUCGACAAGAUAAAGUACUCGA